AUGGCACCAUCAACAAUGUCCCAGCGAGCCCAGGAAGCCACCUCAUCCGGCUCCAAGAACCUAAUGUGGGACGUCGUGAACAAUCCGUGGUGCAAAUCGACCAAUCCGAAUGGCUUCGUCAAUGUCGGCCUAGCAGAGAACAUGCUCAUGCACGACAAGCUCCUCGAAGCCAUCAACACGAAGCUAGAACUACCCUCGAAAUGGCUCACCUACAACGACGGGCCCUCUGGAUCCACGAGAACUAAAAACGCCGUCUCCAAUUUCGUCAAUCGCCAUUUCCACCCCGUCAAUCCGGUCCAGCCGGAUCAGGUGCUCGUGACGAACGGUGUCUCUUCGGCAAUUGAACAUCUGUCUUGGGCGUUUGCUGAUUCAGGAGAGGGAAUACUCCUGGGUAGACCGUACUACGGAACGUUCAUUCCUGACAUCUCAUCCCGUCCAGGGACUGCUGUCGUCCCUGUGGGAUUCCAAGGCUGUGAUCCGCUCAGCUUAGAAGCCGUCAACAAGUACGAGGAAGCGCUCCUCGAAUUCCAGAAUCGAACCGGCCGAAAGGUCCGAGCAUUGAUGCUCUGCCAUCCCCAUAACCCGCUAGGUCGAUGCUAUCCGCGCGAAGUUCUCAUCGAACUCAUGCGCCUGUGCCAGAAAUACCGCAUGCACUUGAUCGGCGACGAGAUUUACGCUUUAUCCACAUGGGAAAACACAGUCGAUCAUGAAGGCCCCUCUCCUGUGCCGUUCGUCUCGGCACUCUCGAUCCCCCUCGCCGGGAUCAUUGACCCCGAGCUAGUCCAUGUGCUAUGGGGCAUGAGCAAGGACUUUGGUGCGAAUGGGCUCCGUCUGGGUGUGAUAAUCUCGCAGGCGAACCGGGAUCUGCAUGCUGCGUUGAAGAACCCGACCUUGUAUUCGUAUCCGUCUGCAGCGACGGAAUACUUGACGUCAUCGAUUCUCGAGGAUUUUGAGUUCACGGAUCGGUAUAUUCAGAUGAAUCAGCGGAAGCUAUCGGAGUCGUAUGCUUUUGUUGUGCGAUGGCUCAAGGCGCAUGAUAUUGAGCAUGCCCCUGGAUGUACUGCGGCGUUCUUCUUGUGGGUGAACUUGGGAAAGAAGUAUCGGAAGUUGCAUUCCGAGGAGGACUUGCGCGCGGAGGUCAGUGAUCGGGUCAUGGAGAAAUUGGUUGAGAAGAAGGUGUUCCUGGCUAGUGGACCUUUGUUUGGGUCUGAGGAUGAUGGAUGGUUUAGGAUUGUGUUUACGCAUCCGCAGGAGCAUCUGGAGGAGGCGUUGCGGAGGAUUCUAGACGCACUGAAGAACUAG